AUGUGCCACUUUCAGGUCACCUCACACUGCUGGUGUGUUCCAUUUUUUGUCCAUAGGGUGCUGGCAGAUUACGGACCUCCCAUAGCUGCUGCCAUGGCCCCCUAAUCUGCCAUGUGCCCCUAUACCGCCUCCUCAUGCUCAUGCUGCCAAGUCCAGAGUCUCUCAUGGGUCCCUGUACUGGCCUCCCAUUGCUGCGCUGUCUCCAUCGCCACACUCUGCCAUGUGCCACUUUCAGGUCUCCUCACACUGCUGGUGGGUUUCCAUUUUUGUCAUAAGGGUGCUGUAUGUGGCCUCCCAUUAGCUGCUGCCUCCCACCGCCACAACUGUGGCUCCACACUCUGGUUUUGGCCCCGUGAAUGGCCAAAUGAGUGAAGUGUGCGGUGAUUCUAAGAUCGACGGCACUCAUCUGCAUGUCAUACUACUGACUGACAGUAUUAUUUUCUCUUCCCCCAGCAGACUCCAAGGGCAUUUAAAUUAAAGUACAGUGUUCUGCACUAAUUUUA